AUGGAAGAAAUAGGUCCCAAUUCAUGCGCAAGGCCAGCGUUAGAGAAGAAAGUAAGACCACAAGAGCAACUGAAUUGUCCAAGGUGCAGUUCAACCAACACAAAGUUCUGUUAUUACAACAAUUACAGCCUCACACAGCCAAGGUACUUCUGCAAGACUUGUAGAAGGUAUUGGACAGAAGGUGGUUCACUCAGAAACGUCCCCGUUGGAGGUGGCUCUAGGAAGAACAAGAAGGUCACCUCAUCAAGGGUUCCUGACUUGAAUCCACCAAGCCUCUCAUCAGUCUCGGUUAUUUCUUCCCAAAACCCUAAAAUGCAAGGAGUCCAUGAUCUUAAUUUGGCUUUUCCUGCAGCUAUGGACAAGUAUCAUGGCAUGUCUCCAUAUCUUGAGAUGCCAAAACUUGAAAUUGGUGGUGACAGUGCCAGUCACCACCAUAGCCCUUCUUCGGCUCCAACUUCACUUUCAUCACCAUAUGGCAUGAUGUCUAGGGGUUUGAAUCCUUAUGCUCCUAAUUCCUUCAUGACAAGCUCAGAUUCACUUUACACACCGAGCUAUCCCAUGCAAGAAAUUAAACCAAACCUUAGCUUUUCAGUUGAUGGGUUUGGAAAUAGAUCACGUGGGGUUCAAGAGAACGGUGGUGGUGGGAGGCUUUUGUUCCCCUUUGGAGAAAUCAAGCACCUUUCUGCAGGUGUUCAAGUUGAACAAAAUAAAGAACAAGGAAAUAAUCCAACUGGAUACUGGACUGGAAUGAUCGGUGAAGGGUCAUCAUGGUAA